AUGAUGGAAGAGGUGUCUAUCACGUCGGCAGGUUGUUCCCACACUGUGGAUCAGAUGAGCGAAGAGGAGAUCCUCGCCUGUCUGGUUGCCGAGUCCCGACCUAAGUCCACAGUCCCGUCUAAGAAAGCUAAGCUGAAGCAAAGCCAGCAGGCACAACAAACAGAGGGACAAGAGGACCCCAUAGACAAAUAUCAGAGAGAAAACCGUCAGCUCCAGCAGGUCAGCUUACGUCUGGAGCAGGAGAAUGACCGCCUGGCUCACAGGCUGGUCACCAGCAAGAUCGCUCUGAGGAAAGCUCUGGACCAGGCAGAGGACAGAGUGGAUAAAUUUGCUCAAGACCUUCUACAAACUAAACAUCAGCUACAGGCUACAGAGGAGGAGAAGAGAGUAAAGGAGGAGGAGGCAGCGAUGUUGAAGGAGGUGUUUCGGAGGGAGUUGGAGAAAGCCGGGCAUGAAGUGAAAAGGUCAUCAGGCAUCAUCACAGACUACAAACAGAUCUGCACUCAGCUGACCAGCCGUCUGGAGAGACAGCAUGCAGCCCACCAAGAGGAGCUGGAGGGCCUGAAGAAUGCGAUGGUGGCGUGCACUCACUGUAGACAUGUUGUGGAAGAAGAUAAUCCAGGGAACCCACGACCAAGCCGGGAGGAAGACGUCGCCGGUGGCAGAGAGUCAGACAGGGGGAGGAGGAGGAGAGAGGAGCAGAGGUGGGAUGAGGAGAUGGAGUCCCUCAGCGCCCAGGUCAGAGAACUGGAGAAGGAGCUGGCCCAGACCAAACUCCAGAUGGUGGAGGCCAAGUGCAAGAUCCAGGAGCUGGAACACCAGAAGGGAAUCCUGACCAAUGACCUCCAGGAAGCAAAGAACAGCUGGUUCAGUAAAACCCUCACCUCUCUGCGGACGGCCGGCGGGGGCCUGCACGGCUUUAGCGUACCCAGGGACGGAGCCCACACAGCAGGCUGGACCCUGCAAAGUGGGCCCCUGUCUGGAUGGAGCAACAAGAGACAUUCAUGGGCUCACAAAGACAGUGGGGGAAAUGUCUGACAUCUUUUGCUGAGUAUACACGGACACAAAACGUCCCCUUUGUGUCCGUUCCCAGGGAGAAACCUGUCAACAGAACGAGGGGCUGACUGUUUUCUCUUAAACU